AUGGCAGCUCAGCCCACUCCCGCCCACCCCGCCGCCAUGACAGCCCAAGUCUCACCGCAAGCCGACCCUCAGACCACAACAGCAACGACCACAGCCUCGCCUCUCCCCAAGCCAAUAUUCACAGCACCUCGCCUGCUCGUCAGACCCUUGCAUCCUCAAGAUGCGCCGUCGAUGUCUCGUCACGCCGACAACCCCAAGGUAACGGAGUACAUGUCCCUCGGCUUCCCGUCGCCCUACACGCUCGAAGCAGCCCAUGACUGGAUUAACAUGAAUCUGGCACCGCCCAUCUUGAACUGGGCCAUUUGUCUAUCGUCUUCGCCGGAGACCGUGGUCGGUGGCUGCGGUCUCAAACCCGGAGUCGACGUCCAGUCGCACUGCGCAGAGAUCGGGUACUGGAUCGGUGAAGAGCACUGGGGCAAGGGGCUCAUCACGGAGAUGUUGCGGGCGUUGACGGAUUGGGUGUUUCGCAGUCCUCACAGUUUGUUGGCAGGGGAGCAGGGGAAGAGGUGGACGAGGUUGUGGGGAGGGAUAUUCCAGGAGAACAAGGGGAGCAUGAGGUGUUUCGAGAAGUGCGGAUAUGUGAGAGAGGGUGUGCUGAGGGGCGCGGUGGAGAAGCAUGGGGAAGCAAGUGAUAUGGUGGUAUAUGGCUUGCUGAAACAUGAGUGGGAGAUGGAGUUGCUCAAGACGACAGUAAUCUAA